AUGCCUUUGGCGAACAUAACUCGCGUUGAGAAGUUUAGCUCAUGUCAUCGGCUCCACAGCAACAAUUUAAGUGAUGAAGAAAAUAUAAAAAUUUUUGGUAAAUGUAACAAUAAAAAUGGGCACGGACAUAAUUAUAAAGUUGAAGUCACAGUUAAAGGUCUAAUCGAUGAGAACACUGGCAUGGUUAUGAACGUGUCGGACCUAAAAAAGUAUAUUAACGUUGCUGUAAUGGAGCCAUUGGAUCAUAAGAAUCUGGAUAUGGAUGUACCUUACUUUAAACAUCAUGUCAGUACAACUGAGAAUGUAGCGAUUUUUAUAUGGAAAAGUUUGAAAGAUGUUAUGCAUAAUCCUAAUUUGUUGUAUAAAGUUAAAUUAUUUGAAACUGAUAAGAAUAUUGUUGUUUAUAAAGGUGAAUAA